GGUGGAGGCUUGUGUGGGGAGCAGGGUGUGUGUGUGUGUGAGUGUGUGUGAGUGUGUGUAUCGUCACGUGACACCGCGUCUGGGCUUGCUGUCACGCUGGUAUAAAUCCACCUCUGUAUAUUUAGUCAGUCCUUUUCUCCACGCAAAGCUGCCGUCAAGUCCAGGCUACAGCGUAGCUUCGACUUCUCCUCCAGUCAUGGCAGAUCAGGCUUUUGUGACUUUGGCUACCAAUGAUAACUAUGCUCGGGGAGCCAUGGUUUUGGGCAAGUCCCUCCGCAACCACAACACAUCCAAGAAGCUGGUGGCACUCACUGGUCCACACCUGUCAGAGCCUUUCCAGUCCGUGCUGAAGAGCAUCUUUGACGAGGUGACGGUGGUGGAUGUGUUGGACAGCGGUGACACGGCACACCUGUCCAUGAUGAAGCGGCCUGAACUGGGCGUCACGUUCACCAAACUCCACUGCUGGACUCUCACACAGUACUCCAAAUGUGUUUUCAUGGACGCAGACACACUGGUGCUUUCAAAUAUAGAUGAGCUGUUUGACAGAGAGGAGUUGUCAGCUGCUCCAGACCCUGGCUGGCCUGACUGCUUCAACUCCGGCGUGUUUGUUUUCCAUCCUUCUAUGGAGACUUAUGGCAAACUGCUUCAGUAUUGUACAGAACACGGCAGCUUUGAUGGAGGAGACCAAGGUGUUUUGAAUGGCUUCUUCAGCAAUUGGGCAACAGCUGACAUAUCAAAACACCUCCCCUUCAUCUACAACCUCAGCAGCAUAGCCAUCUACACUUACCUUCCAGCAUUCAAGCAAUAUGGUGGCAAUGCCAAGGUGGUCCAUUUCCUAGGGAAAACCAAGCCAUGGAAUUACGCAUUUGACCCCAAAGCCAAACAGAUCGCAGGGCGUGUGCAUGAGGCCGCUGCACAGCCCACCUUCCUCCUGGACUGGUGGACCCUGUACUCCAACGCUGUGGUGCCCAUGCUGCAGGAACAAUAUGGAGACCAGCCUUUCCACUCCGGAUGUGUGGAGUUCCAGCACAGUGACACAGUCACUUUUGAGAGUGCACAGGAUGAGAGCGGCUCUUCACAUGCACAUGCACAUGCAGAUGCACGUGCACAUGCACAUGCACAAGCGCUCAAACCCCAGCUGUCCUCAGAGGAACGGAAGCAGAAAUGGGAGCAAGGUCAGGCAGACUACAUGGGACUGGACUCAUUUGACAAUAUCCAGAGAAAGCUUGAUACUUUUCUCAAAUAAAGAAGCAUUGAAGCGGGUUAUCAACAGGGCACUUGCAUUUUAACAAACUUCCACCACAUGUCUUUGAAGAAGAUAAUGUAAAAUAGGGUGUUUUUUUCCCCCCUUCCUGAGUUUUCGCCCUCUCCACCAGCAGUACCCCCUCCGUUCUCCAAAGACAGAGCUGUUUAAAGGGGAAAAUUAAAAUUAAAUAUUAUGAAAGGCUUCAGUCGUCUAUGCAAGGAUGUCAUUCUUCAGCAUACCCUGCUACACUGUGAAGAAAAUUUAAGAAGAUUUAACAUAACAUCAAUUUACUUUUUUGAAAGUACUUGAAUUGAAAAUGCAAUCUUUGUUUUUUUUUUUCAUGUCAGUGAAAAGGGGAUGGCAACAAGAGUUGAACUGGCUUUUUCUAUUCACUUACAUCACCUACAUGAACAUUCUUCAUUUUCCAUUUUCUUUUUUUUUUUUACUAUGCAGUCACCUAGCAGUCUUCUGAUUAUUAAUAUUUCAUUUUCACUGAAGCUGAUUGCUCUUUUUAAUUAAAACAGCUUCUGUUUAACAUACAUGUUUACAGCACUCCUAAAGGCCAUAUAUACAUAUGUACAUAUAUAUGUAUAUAUAUAUGUAUAUAUGGUGCCUUAGUGUCUCUCUCUCUUGCCGUCAUCCUAUCUGUUCUUGAGUAGUGGCUUUUCUGUAAGUGAUUAGAUUUUUAACCAUCUUGUGUCUCACGUGACCAGGAUGUUGGCUGUAAAAGAAAAGCUAUCAUCUGGAAAUAUUAAAAACAUCAUCAUAAAGUU